CUUCCGCUGUCAAUGUAAAUAAUCAUGGCGGGUGUACCAGAUUAUUACGAGCGGAAGGGAUCGCUUUUCCUACGUUCUGAUCAUAUGAACUAUGGAAGAGCUACCUUAAAUUCUAACUGGCAUCAAGCAAGAGAAGCAGAACCCAAGGAGUAUGACAUCAGCCGAAACUCGGAAAGAAAUCUUUGUAAAGCAACAUACGAUAGAAUAGGAAAUGUAACAGAUGGAUCCUUACCAAAGACAACCUACCAGGACCAUGCAGAGCAAACGUACCUCAAGGACGACUUCAAGGAACAGGAAGUGAGGAAGUCGAUGGUAACCCUGGAAACUGUCAACAGUGCUGAUCUGGACAGAGAUGUUGGCCACCCAAAGAGGGGAUAUGGGUCUGUGCUGCCCCGACACAACCCCGACUAUAACAAACAUCACCUAGAAACCACACACAGAGCCGACUUCAAACUUCCCAACCCAGACUACCAAACAGUACCAGAAAGGCCACCAGAUUUUCCUGAUCUGUCUGCAGCAUACAGAAAGUGUCACUCACAGUUCACAGACACUGGCGAUUUUAGGCGUCCCGGCCGCAAUACAUGGCAGGAUGAGAGCGGCAUUUAUGCUAAUACUCAUUACAAACAGGAGGUGAUGAAAUCCUCCAAUCCGAUACCCGAGAGUGUGUAAUAAAAACAAUAACGCUCGUAUCUUUACAGCUAACAGGAAAUCAAGAUUUGAAGAAUAUCGGAAUGUAAGGAAAACACCAUAGCAUAAGUUAUAUACAGGGGUAUAUAACAGAAUUAUUAACAAACCAGGAAGGAAGCCUUAAGACAUAUAGAAAAAUAAUGGAGACCUUGAGAGCCUAAAGGCCUGUAGGAAAAUAAUGGAGGGUCUAUAGGCCUAUAGGAAAAUAAUGGAGGGUCUAUAGGCCAGAAUGAAAAUGACCAAGUCCAACAGAAUGAGAAUUUAUUGUACAACUAUUACAAGAAAGACAGUUUAAGGAAGUGAAAAAAUACAUUUUUUUUACAAAAAUUUACAAAAUGUUUAUGAAGAAAAAAAUAAGCAUUACCGCCAUGAAAAAUAAAUUGUGUACAGUAUCAAAAUUUUCAAUGAUGGAAUUCAGUUUCAAGCAUUCAAUAAAAUAUUUUGUAUAAACAAUUCUAUUAAUGCA